AGUUUGAUUCUAGCCGCCGGCUGCAGAGGUUUAGUGCUGUUGACAGAUUCUAUACCAGAGAUACUUGAGCCAUCAAAACGGCACAAUUGUGCUAUACCGUUUACAAAACUUACAAUUUCGCCAACUGGUUAACAGCCAACAAUUUUCAAAAACUUUUACAAAGACCACCAACUACUCGAAUCGAACUCAGAAUGGCGUACCACAAGCCCGAAGCCAAGACUGUGCAGGACCUGAAAGAUAUGGCCCACAAGCUGCGUAUUCAUUCCAUCAAUGCGACGGAGGCCUCUAAGUCUGGUCACCCGACCUCAUGUAGUUCCUUGGCCGAGAUCAUGUCGGUGCUGUUCUUCCAGCAGAUGCGUCUGAACAUGAAACAUCCACGUGAUCCCUCCAGUGAUCGUUUAGUUCUGUCCAAGGGACACGCUGGUCCAAUUCUAUAUGCUGCCUGGGCAGAGGCUGGUCUCUUUCCCAUAGAGGAACUGAAGAACUUGCGCAAAAUCGACAGCGAUCUGGAGGGACAUCCGACUCCGCGUCUGAAUUUCAUAGAUGUCGGCACCGGAUCUCUGGGUCAGGGCGUGGCCAUGGGCGCUGGCAUGGCGUACGUUGGCAAGAACUAUGACAAGGCCGAUUAUCGCACCUAUGUGAUUGUGGGCGAUGGCGAAUCGGCUGAGGGUUCCAUCUGGGAAUCUCUGCACUUUGCCUCCCACUACGAACUGGAUAAUCUCUGCGUGAUCUUCGACGUGAACAGGUUGGGUCAGUCGGAGCCCACCUCGCUGCAGCACAGGAUGGAUGUAUAUCGGGAGCGCCUGGAAGCCUUUGGCUUCAAUGCCCUUGUCGUGGAUGGCCAUGACGUAGAGGAGUUGUGCAAGGCCUUCCACUGUGCGUCCGUCACGAAGAACAAACCCACAGCCAUCAUCGCGAAGACGCUGAAGGGCAAGGACUUCCCGGAUAUUGAGGAUUUGGAGAACUGGCAUGGCAAGGCAUUGGGCGCUAAGGCGGAGUGCGUGAUAAAGUCUCUGCAGAGCCAAAUCGUGAAUCUCAAUGUCAAGCUGACACCCAAGAAGAUGUGCAAGGGCAGUCUGGCGCCCGAGGUGGACAUCACCAACAUCAAGUUGUGCGCCCCGCCCAACUACAAGCUUGGCGAUAAGGUGCCCACUCGUCUGGCCUAUGGCACGGCCCUGGCCAAGGUGGCGGCCGACAAUGAUCGUGUGAUCGCCCUGGACGGCGACACAAAGAACUCAACGUACUCCGAUAGGCUUCGGAACGCCUAUCCGGAGCGCUACAUUGAGUGCUUCAUUGCCGAACAGAAUCUGGUGGGCGUGGCUAUUGGCGCCACUUGCCGUCGGCGCACUGUGGCAUUUGUUUCUACGUUUGCCACGUUCUUUACUCGCGCCUUCGAUCAGAUUCGCAUGGGCGCCAUCUCGCAGACGAACGUGAAUUUCGUUGGCUCGCACUGUGGCUGCAGCAUUGGCGAAGACGGUCCCUCACAGAUGGGUCUGGAGGACAUUGCAAUGUUCCGCGCCAUACCCGGCAGCACUGUCUUCUAUCCCUCGGAUGCGGUGAGCACUGAACGCGCCGUCGAGCUGGCUGCUAAUACAAAGGGAAUUUGCUUCAUCCGCACGUCGCGUCCCGAGACCUGUGUCAUCUAUAACAACGACGACACUUUCGCUAUUGGACGCGGCCGUGUGGUGCGCCAGAAGCCGUCUGAUGAGGUGCUCCUUAUUGGCGCCGGCAUUACGCUGGACGAGUGUAUUAGCGCUGCUGAGCAGCUGGAGAAGGAAUGCAUCACGGCCCGUGUCAUCGAUCCCUUCACCGUCAAGCCACUCGAUGUGGAGCUGAUUGUGGAGCAGGGCAAACAGUGCGGAGGACGUGUGGUUGUUGUUGAAGAUCAUUAUCAACAAGGCGGUUUGGGCGAAGCUGUGCUCAGCGCUCUGGCGGAACAUCGUAAUUUCGUGGUGAAACAUUUGUUUGUGCCCACCGUGCCGCGAUCUGGCCCACCUGCCGUAUUGGUUGACAUGUAUGGCAUUUCUGCUCGUCACAUUGUGGCUGCCGUUAAUGCAAUCAUUAAGAAGUAAGCACAGGCUGCUUCUCAACAUUCACUUGUUUCUACAUUUCUUUCGAUUUUUCAUAAUAAAGAAUUUUCAAUAAUUAUUAAUUUAAA